UGAUGGGAGUCUGUCCACCAAACAGAUCGUUUUCCUGCAGAGACCUGUCCUGAACCGAAAGAGGAAGGAAUCCAAGAAAUUAAUCUUCAAGCCCCGGAGCAAGUCCAACAAGAACUGCAUCAAAGAAACGGCAAAGAGCAAAAAGAAAAAGACGACAACCGAGAAGGAUGCCGAGGAUUCCAAGAUCCUCAACGAUCGAGAGAAAAAGGAGGAUGACAAACGUGUGGCUGAGAGAGGGAGCGCCGCGCAGACGGAGGCGGCCGGAGGAGGCGAGGAGGAGAGGAAGAAAAGGUGCGACGGAGAUAAAAAGAUCGAUGGUGGGAUCGAGGCUGUCUCAAAGGAAGAUGGAGGAGCUGAAAGUGAAGACGUAAAGGUGGAAAACCAGGCUGAGGAGGAAGAAAAGAUAACUGUGGAUGGAGAGGGAUCAAAAGGGAACGGAGAGCCUUCAGGGAACGAGGAAGUCAAGGAGGUCAAGGAAACCGUGGUGACGGUUGAGACUCAGAGCGAGGGCGGAGAGGAGCGGCUCGCGGAAGUUCAAAGCGUGAUGGAGAACGGGAUCGAGACGGAGAGGGAGGAGGAUGAAGGUGAAGAGGAUCAAAUCAAAGCAGAGGAACCGGCGGAGGUGGAGGUCAUUACCAAGGAGAGCGUGGCAGAUCCACGGGCCGCGAUUCAAAACCCCGCCGAGGCUCAGGAGUAACACCGAGGUGAAGGUCAAGGUGCCCCCCCCCCCCCCCCCCCCCACAAAACAACCUCGACUCAGAUUAACGGGGUUUGUUCCCCAAAUGCUGCAGCAUCCUCAGAAACUCCAUCUUUCAUCAACUGCAUCUCUGCUCUGAUCAACCCAACGAUCUGAAUGUAUCCAACACCGAACACCGGCCCGUCCCCUGUGGACACGCUGGAUUAGGAUUAACAAAGACUGAGAGGACGCAGGACCUGGUCACCUUCUGUAAAUGUGUGUGUGUGUGUUCUCUCUGCACACACACACCUGUUGUUUUAAUGUUUCAUUUCCCUGAAAGAGUCUAACCUUUCCCAGGGAAGCAGAAUGUGUUGCAAACAGGAUUUCACAAUAAAAGUCUUGCAGCGAUUGUUCUUUUAGAAAACAAAGUAAAUUAAGAGAUUUACCGUAGAUUGUAAUCUUUAAAACACAAUUCAGUAUUACGUUGACACAAUGAUUUGACAGAUUUAAAGGGUUGAUCAUGUUAUGGUGUGAUCGGACCUUUAGGGAGACGAGGAGCACUGAUUUUAUUAUUUAAUGUUUUUUGUGAAUAAGUGUGAGAUUUGGACAAAGAACGCAGAGCUUUGUGAGCUUUUGGGGGGG